AUGCAGUUCAUGCUCCUCGCUCUCGACAUCGGAAAUACCAUGGUCACCAUCGGCGUUUUCGGCGAUUCCGGGCUGGUUUCCACUAUGCGGGCCGCCACGGAUUCCCGUCGCUCGACCGAUGAGUACGGCCUGCUGCUGACCAGCCUCCUGCAACUCAACGGCGUGCAGCGGGAAGAGAUCACCGAGGUCUCUAUGUGCAGUGUGGUGCCGCCGCUGACCGGAGUGUUCGAGGAGGUGGCGUCAAGUUACUUUGGCGUCCGGCCCCUGACAGUAACGGGCGCGAUUCGGACCGGUCUUCAGAUCGCCUACGACAACCCCCGCGACGUGGGGGCUGACCGCAUCGCCGACGCGGUAGCAGCGAAGAGCCUGUAUGGAUACCCCACGAUAAUCGUGGACUUCGGCACAGCCACGGUGUUCGAUGCAAUAUCGGCGGAAGGGGUGUACUUGGGCGGCGCCAUCGCGCCCGGAAUCAGCGUGGCCGCAGAGGCCUUGUUCCUCAACACCUCGCAACUGCGCCGCAUCGAGCUGACGCCCCCCACAUCUGCCAUCGGCCAGAACACCACCGCGGCGCUGCAGGCCGGUCUGGUGCUGGGCUACGCCGAACUGGUCAAGGGCCUCGUCGGACGCAUCACCGGUGAAUUGGGCGGCGCUGCCACCGUGGUCGCCACUGGUGGGUUGGCCAAUAUUAUCUCCCGGGAGACCGGCAUUUUCGACCACAUCAAUCCCAACCUGACGCUCAUCGGGCUGCAGCAGAUCUUUGAACUGAACAAGAACCCGGACUAG